AUGAAUUUGUAUCGUAUUGAUCCGAACAAUGUCAGUGUGCUACUUUUGCUUUCAUCGAUACAUUUUCAACUGAAGCAACUUGACAAGUCAAUGCGAUUUUCUUCACUUGCAAUUCGAGCAAAUCCAAAUUGUGCGGAAGCAUAUAGCAAUCUCGGCAAUGUUUAUAAGGAAAGAGGACAACUAAACGAAGCUUUGGAAAAUUAUAGAAAUGCAGUACGAUUAAAGCCGGAUUUUAUUGAUGGUUAUAUAAAUUUAGCAGCAGCUUUAGUGGCAUCCGGUGAUCUAGAACAAGCUGUUUCUGCAUAUAUAAAUGCUCUACAAUAUAAUCCAGAACUGUAUUGUGUGCGUAGCGAUCUUGGUAAUUUGCUGAAAGCGAUGGGUCGUCUUGAAGAAGCUAAGGUUUGUUACUUGAAAGCAAUUGAAACACAACCACAGUUUGCGGUGGCAUGGUCGAAUUUGGGAUGUGUCUUUAAUGCGCAAGGUGAGGUAUGGCUAGCAAUACAUCAUUUCGAGAAAGCUGUACAGCUGGAUCCAAAUUUUUUGGAUGCAUAUAUUAAUUUAGGAAAUGUGCUAAAAGAAGCGAGAAUAUUCGACAGAGCUGUUGCUGCUUAUCUUCGGGCGUUAAAUCUGGCGAGUAACCAUGCAGUAGUUCAUGGAAAUUUGGCUUGUGUAUAUUAUGAGCAGGGGUUGAUCGAUUUGGCGAUUGAUAUGUAUAAGAAAGCAAUUGAAUUGCAACCAAAUUUUCCUGAUGCUUAUUGUAAUUUGGCAAAUGCUCUCAAAGAAAAAGGAUUGGUAGCUGAAGCUGAAGCGGCAUAUAAUACAGCAUUACAGUUGUGUCCGACCCAUGCAGAUUCACAAAAUAAUUUGGCCAAUAUCAAAAGAGAACAAGGAAAAAUAGAAGAAGCUACUAGACUUUAUCUAAAAGCAUUAGAGAUAUAUCCGGAAUUUGCUGCAGCCCAUAGUAAUUUGGCUUCCAUACUUCAACAGCAAGGAAAAUUACAAGAUGCUUUAAAUCAUUAUAAAGAAGCGAUUCGAAUCGCACCAACGUUUGCAGAUGCAUAUUCGAAUAUGGGAAAUACAUUGAAAGAGAUGGGUGAUGUUGGUGGGGCAUUACAGUGUUAUACCCGUGCGAUUCAGAUUAAUCCUGGAUUCGCUGAUGCGCAUAGUAAUUUGGCUAGCAUUCAUAAAGACUCUGGCAAUAUUCCUGAUGCAAUUCAAAGUUAUUCUACUGCAUUAAAAUUAAAACCUGAUUUUCCAGACGCUUUUUGUAAUUUGGCACAUUGCUUGCAGAUUAUUUGUGAUUGGAAUGGUUACGAUAAUCGUAUGAAAAAGUUAGUGGCAAUAGUCGAUGAUCAACUUCAAAAAAAGCGUUUACCAUCGGUUCAUCCUCAUCACUCUAUGCUUUACCCCUUGAGCCAUGCUGCACGUAUUGCAAUUGCUUCGAAACAUGCUAACCUGUGCGCUGAAAAAGUACAAGCAUAUAAUCGGAUCUAUAAAUAUCCUGAUCGAAUGAGUCUGCUGAAUGGUCAUCGAUUGCGUGUUGGAUAUGUAUCAUCUGAUUUCGGAAAUCAUCCAACUAGCCAUUUGAUGCAGUCAAUACCUGGAAUGCAUAACCGUGAAAAUAUUGAAAUUUUUUGUUAUGCUCUGUCUCCAAAUGAUGGCACUAAUUUCCGUGCAAAGCUCAUGAAUGAAUCAGAACAUUUUAUUGAUCUCUCGCAGGUAAGCAGUGUUGAACAAGCGGCUGAUCGCAUUAAUGAGGAUGGCAUUCAUAUUCUUAUCAAUAUGAAUGGAUAUACUAAAGGAGCGCGUAAUGAAAUAUUUGCCUUGAAACCAGCACCAGUCCAGGCAAUGUGGCUUGGCUAUCCAGGUACAUCAGGAGCUGUUUAUAUGGAUUACAUCAUUACAGAUGCAGUGACAUCACCGCUUAGGCUUGCUCAUGCAUACACAGAAAAACUGGCUCAUAUGCCACAUACAUUCUUUAUAGGUGAUCAUGCUCAGAUGCUUAAACAUUUAACUGAACGUGUUAUUCUUAAAGAAAAGAAUGAUUCGUUACCUCCGGAAAAAGAUACAGUGGCGGUUGUUAAUUCUGUGAAUUUGGAACCACUUCUACAAAAGGAUUUAAAACCAUUUGUUCGCGAAACUGAAGUUUCGCAUGGUCCAAGUCGCGAUCUUAUCAAAACUGAAGUUGUUAUUCCCGUUUUCGAAGUACCUACUACGGAACCACUAACACAAAUGAUUGGUUCGGGUUUGAUCGCAGGCAAUGUUGAGGGAGUUGCUAUGCAGAAUGGACUUACUACUUUGACUCAGACUCACGUUAAGGCUUCAACUGGUGAGGAAGUACCGCAUGCAAUUUUAGUAACUUCACGACAACAAUAUGGCCUUCCUGAAAAUGCUAUCGUUUACUGCAAUUUCAAUCAACUCUAUAAAAUUGAUCCACCUACUUUGACAAUGUGGUGUGAUAUACUGAAAGCGGUACCUAAUAGUGUUUUAUGGCUUCUUCGUUUUCCAUUUCACGGUGAGCCUAAUGUAGUUCGUUUCUGUGUUCAUCAUGGGAUUGAUGCUAGACGUAUUAUAUUUUCCAAUGUUGCGGCUAAGGAGGAACAUGUUCGUCGAGGUCAAUUGGCUGACGUUUGCUUAGACACGCCAUUAUGUAAUGGUCAUACAACUGGGAUGGAUAUUCUUUGGACUGGUACACCGAUGAUUACCAUGCCGUUGGAAACUUUGGCUUCUAGAGUGGCUUCAAGUCAACUUUAUGCACUAGGUGUACCAGAACUUGUGGCCAAGGAUCGAGAAGAUUAUAUAAAAAUUGCUGUUAGACUUGGAACUGAUCAAGAAUACUUGAGUCAGAUGCGUGCCAAAGUGUGGAAAGCACGUACGACUUCGACCUUAUUUAACGUACGUCAGUACUGUGCUGAUAUGGAGCAGUUAUUGCAUCGCAUGUGGAAAAGAUAUGCGGAUGGCUUAGCGCCUGAACAUAUUUUAUCAGAAAAUAAUUUUGACAUUGACGUCUAA